UAUGUCAGUGUCCUAAUUGUUAAUUAAAUUAUACCAUCUAGUUGCAGAUCAUAGUGAUAUCACCUCCUUCUAAAAUUUUGUGAAAUCCCAGAACUUAAUUCAAUAAUUGACUAUCAUUAUCGAGCAUAUUUAAAACAACUCAAUCAAAAAGGAUUACAAAGAAUUAGAAAAGUAAUUGCAGAAGUAUGAAUCAGAAGUCAGAGUCCAUAUUAGAGUAAACAUCUAUAUUACAUUUCAGGAAUCCUAUCUAAUGAAUUAGAAAUAUGAUGAUAUGAAAAACUAAAUCAAAUAGUUAGAGUAAGACAGAGAUGAAUUAUUGAAAAACACAAAAAAGACUAUGAAUGUAUUAUUCAUUCGAUAUUUAGUUUUUAGAAACUAAAAAAAGAGAAUGAGGAACUCUAUCGGAAAGUUAACAUCUUCUAAGAAGAGUUAAAUUACUACAGACAAAUUGAAAUAUGUACCCAACAGUCAACUAAAAUAAGUAAUUCCAAAACCAUUGAAAAAUCAUCUAAACUCAAAGACAAACGAUUUCAUACUAAUAUUACUCCUCAAAAGACAGCCAAUCAAUCUUUCGAUUAUUUAGUGAAUAAAAGAUUAAGCUAAUAGAUUGUUCAAAGAAAAUAAAGCUUCUAAAAAUAUAUGUCAAAUAAAAGAAGAUCAUGCACUACUGAUUUAUCUAAAAGUAUGUGA